GUUUUUUUUUCCCCGAUUGUUUUUUGACGUGAUUAUCCGUUUUGUGCUGCGGCUUUGAGUUCUCGCAUGUUUUCGUGUAACAGAUGAUGUGAGUUUUUCGGAGAGAGUGAGUUUGAAGUAGGUGUUUAUUGAGCAUACGUAAGUAAAAAGUGCUAAAGAAGAAGAUAAUGCUGCCGCCGUGUGCGGCGUGCAAGUGUCUCCGGCGAAAGUGCACAAAUGAUUGUGUGUUUGCACGCUAUUUCCCAGCAGAUAACCCCUCGAAAUUCACCAGCGUACAUAAAGUCUACGGCGCCUGCAACGUGGCCAAGCUGCUGAAGGAACUCGGUACUGACAGCCAGCGGAACGAGGCCGUUAAGUCCCUAGUAUAUGAAGCAGAAUACCGCCUUCGAGACCCGGUUCACGGCUGCGUGGGCCAUGUUGCUCUUCUGCAGCAGAAGCUCAGGCAAGUUCAACACGAUUUGGAAUGUGCAAAAAAGGAAUUGUCCACUUACAUUGCGCCUUCUGAAAUGUUGCCACAGCAGCAGCCGCAACAGAAUUUUCUCCCGUCGGUUUAUCAGAUGAUGCCUUCUCAUGUUCAGCAGAUGAUGAUUCCGACGGGGGUACCACUACCACAUCGGGGGCAGCUAGUGAUCCGGGAACCAAAUUUACAGGAGCAACAACAUCAGCAGAAACAGAUUUUAGAGGCGCAGCAAUUAGUAGCUAUGGCCGCCGCUAUGGAACAGGAGACGCUGAGGUCUUACCAGCAACAGCAACUGCAACAGCUGCAGGAACAGGAGGUGCUGAGGGCUUACGAGCAACAACUACUGCAACAGCUGCAGGAACAGGAGGUGCUGAGGGCUGACGAGCAACAACAACUGCAACAUCAACAACAACUGCAGCAGCAGCAGGGGCAUGAUUUAGUCAGGUUCAAUAAUGUGUUUGAUGACGGCGCAGGUCCCUCCACUGCCACCGGUUUUAAUGAAAUGCCUGAGGAGGCCGCCGCUAUGGAACAGGAGAUGCUGAGGGCUUACGAGCAACAACAACUGCAACAGCUGCAGGAACAGGAGGUGCUGAGGGCUGACGAGCAACAACAACUACAACAGCUGCAGGAACAGGAGGUGCUGAGGGCUGACGAGCAACAACAACUGCAAUAUCAACAACAACUGCAACAUCAACAACAACUGCAGCAGCAGCAGGGGCAUGAUUUAGUCAGGUUCAAUAAUGUGUUUGAUGACGGCGCAGGUCCCUCCACUGCCACCGGUUUUAAUGAAAUGCCUGAGAAGGCCGCCGCUAUGGAACAGGAGAUGCUGAGGGCUUACGAGCAACAACAACUGCAACAUCUGCAACAGCAGCAGGAACAGGAGCUACUGAGGGCUUACGCGCAACAACUGCAGCAGCAGACGGAGCAUGAUUUAGUCAGGUUCAGUACUAAUGUGUUUGAUGACGGCGCAGGUCCCUCCACUGCCACCGGUUUUAAUGAAAUGCCUGAGGAGGCCGCCGCUAUGGAACAGGAGAUGCUGAGGGCUUACGAGCAACAACUGCAGCAGCAGGCGGCGCAUGAUUUAGUCAGGCUCAGUUCUAAUGUGUUUGAUGACGGCGCAGGUCCCUCCACUGCCACCGGUUUUAAUGAAAUGCCUGAGGAGGCCGCCGCCAAGGCUGAUGGCAUGCAGCCUUUCAUGUCGUUGGGUGGUUCGUAUGAAACCAAUCCCUACCAUCACAUUCAGCAUCAUAACCUUGUCCAGGAGCAAUCUUUUUCUCCAUCUCAUCCACAUACAGAUCAUCCCAACCAACUUCAGCUAGUUGCUACAGAAGAGCUUUUCUUGCAGCAGCAAGAACAACAACGACGGGAUGUAACAAGUCAUAAUCACCUGCAGCAGACGGAACAGCAAUUAGCUAGCUCAACCCCAGGCCUCGCAGUCCCACCAGCAAUUCCAGAGAGAUAAAAGCGAUGAUGGUAGAAGCGCUGGUCCUUGUGUUAAAUGAAAAUAUAAUACUACUCAAAGAAUCAAAAGAUCACAUGCCUUCUAUCAGUAAAAUUUUCAUCCAGCAAAUUUGUAGGCGGGAGACUAGCGUGCAAAGGAGAAGAAAGAUUCAGGAAUAGAUAAAUAGAAAUCUUAAGACUUGUGCACAUACCCGUAGCCGUAGGUAAUUACUUCUCUCUCUCGCUAGAUCUCUUUCUAUAUUUGGUUGGAAUUGAAACAAUUUGUUGAUGAGCACAUUUCUGAUGGUGGAUUUCAAUGAUAACCUUCUCCUUCUAGUAAUAGAGUUUCACCCAAAUUACUAUAUUAUUCAUAUCCUUGUAAGAACGUGGAGCUGACGUUGUGUAAUCAGUUGCUAUCCCCUCGUGUCAUUAAAUAUAACAUAUACGUAUAU